AUGAACGACGAUGGCUGGUUCUGUGGUCCAUUUGUCCUGAGGAGGUUUGCCUCCAUUGCCUUCCUCGGAGAUGCCAAAGGGACCAUCCGGGAGAUCGCUCCCAAAGGCCUGGACCUCGACCGGCCCAAGAGAACCCGGACCUCUUUCAGCGAGCAGCUCUACCGGCUGGAGCUGGAGUUCCAGCGCUGCCAAUACGUCGUGGGACGGGAGCGGACGGAGCUGGCCAGGCAGCUCAACCUCUCCGAGACGCAGGUGAAGGUGUGGUUCCAGAACCGGCGGACGAAGCAGAAGAAGGACCAGAGCCGGGACUCGGCCAAGCGCUCCCCGCCGGGGGGCUCCUCCUCCUCCUCCUCGGAGUCCUUCGCCACCUGCAACAUCCUCCGCCUCCUGGAGCAGGGCCGCCUCCUCGCCGCCGCCGCCCCGCCACCCCCUCCAGCCCUGCUCUCCCCGGGGGCCCCUCCCUCCGCCUCGGCCUCGGCCUCCUCCGGCACCCCCCCGGAAGCCCCCUCGCCCGGGACCUUCGGCCUGGCGCUGCCCGCCCCCCUGGUGCCACCGCCCCCGGCCUUCCCCCUGCGCUGCUUCGGGGGCCUCCAUGACUUGCCCGGCGGGGGUGGCGGAUACGGACUGGGCCCCUCGGCCUUCGAGCCUUACGCGCGGGUGGAGAGGAAGGGCGGCCUCACGCUCCCCGCCAAGAAGCCCGGACCCUGACUGCGGCUCCUCCUAAUUGUUAAUAAUUAUUGGGGUGUGGUGUGGUUUUCCAGGCUGACUGGCUGUACUCCAGCAGCACAUUCUUCUGACGUUUUGCCUGCACCUGUGGCUACUGGCACCUGGUGUAAAGCAAGCAGCGUCUAUAUGCCUGUGGGACGUCCAGGAUGGGAGGAAAGAACCAUUGUCUGUUAAACAAGUGUAAAGAGUGAAAUUCCAGUCUUGAUUUGCAAGUGUUGAGUGGGAGCCACCCGUUAGCAAGUAUUGUUUGCAUGGGCCAACUUCGGCCCUCCAGGUGUUUUGGCCUUCAACUUCCACAAUUCCUAACAACCUACCAGCUGGUAGGAAUUGUGGGAGUUGAGUUCCAAAACACUUGGAAGGAGGGCCCAAGGUGGCCUGUGCCUGCUCUAGAGACAUCCUUUCUCUGGGGGAGUUGAAUAACCUUUGAUUGCUUCCUGCCUGGAGACUUCCUGUGCCUGGGUGGUGUCCCUUAUUCAUGGUCUUGAUUCUGGUGUUUUUCGGUACUGGUGGCCACGUUUUGUUCAUUUCAUGGUUUCUUCCUUUCUGUUGAAAUUGUCCAUGUGCUUGUGCGUUUCAAUGGCUUCUCUGAGUAGUCUUGCAAAGUGGUUGUCAGGCACUUGCAACUCAAGCUUGCCAUGACCCUGUACAUGGGUCUAACAGGCAAUGGUUUAAUUCUCCCACCCUGGACAGGUAUAUAGACGCCACUUGCGUGACCACCAGGAGCUGUCUGAAGAUGGCAAUAGCCACAGAUGCAAGCGAAACGAAAAAGGAGAAAAUGCUGCUAGAACACAUUGGUCGCACAGCCCAGAAGCCACACAACCCCCCAGCGAUUCUGGCCGUGAAAGCCUUUGACAAUACAAUAAUAAUUAUUAUUUUCAUCAUUGUGAGUAAUGACACAAAGGAAAGAAGGAAGGCCCCUCUCUCCCCCACCCUUUCCCCGUCACGCCGGAUCUGGCCCCGUCUGUUCUCUUUGCAAUGGGGGGCUUCGAGGACGUGUCUGCCUGUGAGUGCGAGUGCGCAUUGAGUGCGAUCCUUUCGUGGAACUAUUAAAAUAAGUGACUGCA